AAAUAACUCUUCUUUCAUGACCAUAAAAACUGUUUUAGUGUGUUUAAGCUUCAUAGUGAAAGAGAGUGUGUAAAUUAACAUUUGAUGGCUAGUAUCAAACAAAUAGAAAUAGAAAAGAAGAAGGCAUGUGUGAUAGGUGGCACUGGUUUUGUGGCAUCAUUGCUGAUCAAGCAGUUGCUUGAAAAGGGUUAUGCUGUUAAUACUACUGUUAGAGACCUAGAUAGUGCAAACAAAACAUCUCACCUCAUAGCACUGCAAAGUUUGGGGGAACUGAAUCUAUUUAAAGCAGAAUUAACAAUUGAAGAAGAUUUUGAUGCUCCUAUAUCAGGAUGUGAACUUGUCUUCCAACUUGCUACACCUGUGAACUUUGCUUCUCAAGAUCCUGAGAAUGACAUGAUAAAACCAGCAAUCAAAGGUGUAUUGAAUGUGUUGAAAGCAUGUGUAAGAGCAAAAGAAGUCAAAAGAGUUAUCUUAACAUCUUCAGCAGCUGCUGUGACUAUAAACGAACUCGAAGGGACUGGUCAUGUUAUGGAUGAAACCAAUUGGUCUGAUGUUGAGUUUUUGAACACUGCAAAGCCACCCACUUGGGGUUAUCCUGUUUCAAAAGUACUAGCUGAAAAGGCUGCGUGGAAAUUUGCUGAAGAAAAUAACAUUGAUCUAAUCACUGUGAUACCUACUCUAACAAUUGGUCCUUCUCUAACUCAAGAUAUCCCAUCUAGUGUUGCCAUGGGAAUGUCACUUCUAACAGGCAAUGAUUUCCUCAUAAAUGCUUUGAAAGGAAUGCAGUUUCUAUCGGGUUCAAUAUCAAUUACUCAUGUCGAGGAUAUUUGUCGGGCUCAUAUUUUUGUGGCAGAGAAAGAAUCAACUUCUGGUCGAUACAUUUGCUGUGCUCACAAUACCAGUGUUCCCGAGCUUGCAAAGUUUCUCAGCAAACGAUACCCUCAGUAUAAAGUUCCAACUGAAUUUGAUGAUUUCCCCAGCAAGGCAAAGUUGAUAAUCUCUUCUGGAAAGCUUAUCAAAGAAGGUUUCAGUUUCAAGCAUAGUAUUGCUGAAACUUUUGACCAAACUGUGGAGUAUUUGAAGACUCAGGGGAUCAAGUGAAUAAAUAUAUAAAUGGAGAGUGAAAUAUUGUGAACUCCCUAGUGUAUCGUCACUUCAUUAAAUAUCUCUCUAUUCUAACUAUCUAUGAGAUUGCCAUUUCAGUAAAACGAGAGUGCAAUAAUUCAAAAUCAAA